UUUGUUUGUUUGUUUGUUUUACCUUGAUAGACUCUGUGCCCCUGCAUCAGGCAGCACACCGCACAGCCUUCACUCAGUCUCUAUUUCACCUGGCCCACACUGGGUCCUAAACAUCAAACUCACCCUAGAUCUGGAGCCUGGUGCCCCAGAGGAAGGCCCAGUCCUACUGACUAAGCCUAGCUCUCUGUGUGAGGCCUGUCUCCCGGAGUCAUGAAAGACGCCAGUAAACAAACAAGAUGCAUAGUCUCGUUUUCAGUGGGCUUCUUAAAACAAAAAAUGCUCAGUUCCUGCAACAGCCUGAAAAUGGUUGUCAUGGAAACAGCGGUAGCCAAUGGAGGAGGGAGAGACAGGCCUAUCCUGGAACCCAGGCCUGCUGCGGUGGCUGAUGAGGCACAGAGGAACCAUCAGGAUUAAGGGGCAACAGGGAGGGGGUGUCCCCAUGUGGCUGGAGCAGGAGGAGUUUCCUCCUCUGCUGGCUCUGAGAGGGAGCUGCUGCCCUCAAAGGAACCCAUGUGCAUCCCUGGAGAACAGAUCCGUAGUCUCCUGCGGAUCCUCACACAGCUCUGGGGAGGGGUCCUGGGGAAAAAUCACUGUGUCUAGCCAGCCAGCAGGCAGCCAGGACACCCGAGCCCUCAUCCCCACUCCAGCCUUGCCACAUUCACCAGAACUGGGACUCUAAGCCGUGCGGGUGGCUUGCCAGGGUUGCAUUGACACCGUGCGCUGCAGCCCACCCCUAUCUCGGGCUCCCUGCUGCUCCAAGAUCAGGGAGGGGGCGACACCAUGGCCAUGAGCCUUUUGCAGGACUGGUGCCGGAGCCUGGACGUGGACGCGCACAGGGCCCUGCUGGUCACUGGCAUCCAGGAGGGCCUGGAGCAGGCGGACGUUGAAGCCGUCCUGCAGCUGACCCUCCUGCCCCUGGGCACGUUCAGGUUGCGACACAUGAAGGCCCUGAUGAACGAGAAGGCCCAGGCCGCCCUGGUGGAGUUUGUGGAGGACGUCAAUCACGCUGCCAUUCCCACAGAGAUCCUGGCCAAGGAUGGGAUCUGGAGGGUUCUGUGGAAGGACCGUGCGCAGGAUAUGACGGUCCUGAGGCAGAUGAGAUGCCUGAUGCUGGAUGACGGGCCCACGCAGGCUGCGGUUGCUGGGACCCUUGGGGAGGCGCCCACCCCUCCCACUUCGGAGGCCCAGGCCCAGCCGUUGGGACAGUCAUCGGGAAGGCCAGUCCCCCUCCUGGGGCUACAAGCAAUAGUAGCAAGAAGAGUAGGGGGUCACAGAAAUCAAGCCAGAAGCUAAAAAAGGGUCCGAGGGAUGUGUCCAUCUCCCUUGGCAAAGAAGGAAUCCAAGGAAGUUCCCCAGGAGAGCUUGGACAUCAAGAUCAAGGAGGCAGAUGCGGCAUUGAGCAGAGAUGACAAUGACAGCGGGCUAUACACAGCGCUCCAGGCAGCAGCCAGGGAGCAAGUUCACAAGAAGUGGACCGUCUGAAGCCACAAAGAAGAGGCAGGUGGUCCCAUGGAGUUCUUGCCCCUGGUGACCAGACCAGGACAGACAAAGCCAAACAGGAGAUGACGGAAGAAGGUCCUCUGAUUUGAUGCACUUGACCGUCAAAGAAGGCAGGAGCAGUGACUCUCACAUGAUGGCUCUUCUGACCAGCAGAGACAGACCUGAAUGAGAUGCCGAAGGACUGUAAGGCUUCAGAAAGUGGGCGGGUGCAACCACCAGGUCACAGAGCGGGGCUGGAGGACCCUGAGUUCCUGACCACUGUGGCCUGUACCAGCCCUUCAGACACCAAAAGCACCCAGGAGGUGUUGAAAAUCGCUUCUGAGGCGGGGCACGGGGG